GCAUAUCAGACGAACAGAGGAGAUUUUUAAUUUUCGUUGGAGAGAGAAGAUUGGUAGGUUUCAGAAAUGGAGGAAGACAAGAAGAAGAAGCAAGUGAUGGUAGCAAUAGACGAGAGCGAGUGCAGCCACUACGCGCUCCAAUGGACCCUCGAUAACCUCCACGACACCAUCGUCGAUUCCCACCUCAUCAUCUUCACCGUUCAAUCCGCCGUCGAUGUCGGUUACAUUUUCGCUACCUCUUACGGCUCUGCUCCUCCUGAGUUAGUAACCUCUAUCCAAGAGAGGAACAAGAAGGUUGCAGUAGCUCUUUUGGAGAGAGCUAAGGACAUUUGCUCCAAACAUGAGAUUGAGGCAGAGCCAUUAAUGGAAAUUGGUGAUCCUAAAGAGAAAAUAUGUGAAGCUGUGGACAAGUUCAAUAUCCAAUUACUGGUUUUAGGAAGCCAUGGUCGUGGAGCCAUAAAGAGAGCUUUCCUUGGAAGUGUCAGCAGUUACUGUGUUAACCAUGCCAAGUGCCCUGUUUUGGUUGUGAAGAAAAACGAUUAAUCAGUUUGCUUUCAUCCUCUGUGUGAAGCUGGAUACUCAAUACCAUCUUGGUGAAGAUGUGUGAGAUUGUUUUUUUUUUUCUACCAACUUAAUAUGUAAGAUCGAGUAUUCUAAUGAAAAUAUAUAAUUAGGUCAAUAAAAUACUAGGUUGUAAAUACGUAUUGACAGAUUGUGUAAGUUGCGAUUAACUUGGGUUCUUUA